AUGGGUAGUGUAUUCUUACCUCAUUUACACACAGGAUGGCAUGUUGAUCAAGCUAUUGUCACAGAAACUGAACGACUGGUUAUAGUUCGAUUCGGUAAUGAUUCAAAUAAAGACUGUAUGAUUAUGGAUGAAUUAUUAUAUUCAAUAGCAGAAAAGAUUAAAAAUUUUGCAACAAUUUAUUUAGUGGAUAUUCAAGAAGUUCCUGAUUUUAAUGAGAUGUACGAGUUAGUUGAUCCAAUGACUAUAAUGUUUUUCUAUCAAAAUAAACAUAUGAUGUGUGAUUUUGGUACUGGUAAUAAUAAUAAACUGAACUUUGUAAUAGAUGAUGAUCAAGAAUUAAUAGAUAUUAUUGAAACAAUAUUUAGAGGUGCUAGAAAAAAUAAAGGGUUAGUAGUAUCACCAUAUGAUUACAACUAUAAGAGGGUUGAUUGA